ACACACACACUCCCUUUUGCACGCAAGAAGCUCCGGUUCUCUUUGCACACACACUACCACUUCUGGCGUCUCUCCGCUGAAGGCGGAGCUGCGCCGGAUCCGCCCCGGCGUGGGCUGGCGGCCCUUCCCAAAGUGGGCCGAAGCUCCUCGCCUUUUCGCUGUCUUCGCUGCGGGACGGGAUCGAUCUCACGGGCGGCGACGGCGGCGAGUCCCAGCUUGGGGGUGACGUGUGCGGCCUGAGAGUGCCAAGAUGGUGGUUCUUUCCAAGGAAUACGGCUAUGUGGUCCUGACCGGUGCUGCCAGUUUUAUUUUGGUAACGCACCUCGCAAUAAAUGUUGGGAAAGCACGCAAGAAGUAUAAUGUGCAGUACCCAACAAUGUACAGCACGGACCCUGAAAAUGGGCACAUGUUCAACUGUAUCCAGAGGGCACAUCAAAACACGUUGGAAACGUAUCCCUCUCUCCUGUUCUUUCUUGCCACAGGUGGCGCCUACUAUCCACGUGUCGCUGCAGGGCUCGGUGCAGUGUGGAUAAUUGGAAGACUGCUCUAUGCCUAUGGCUAUUACUCAGGAGAACCCAAAAAGCGGAACCGAGGAGCCAUUGGCUCCUUUGCCCUCCUGGGCUUGGCAGGGACUUCUCUGUAUUCGGCUCUCCAACACCUUGAGUGGGUCAACCUCUCCUCUACAGAUCUCUAAAAAGUUUCUUGGGCUUGAAGUCCUUCAAAAAUGCAAUUCUCUUCUGAAGUGACUGACUUUUGUAAAAAUAAAAUUAUAUAUAUAUAAAACCCAAAA